GGCGUGGAGGCGUCUCAGCUGGCGCCCCUCUCUAGCCUGGAGGUGCUCGACCUGACCCGGAACAACAUCGCCACCCUGGCCGACGGCACGUUCGAGCCGCUCGUCAACCUCAGGGAGCUGCGGCUCGGCGUCAACAUGAUCAGACAGGGUGAUGACGGUUUCCGCGGCACGUUCCGCGGUCUGUCGCGGCUGGAGACGCUCAGUCUGGACGACAACGGCCUCCUGUACGUGCCGCACGAGGCGCUGCGGCCGCUCAGUGCCCUGCGCACCCUCUCACUCGAGCACAACCGGAUCGGGGUGAUCGCGCGUGACACGCUCUCCGGCAUCGCCGGCCUGCGCGAGCUCUCGCUGGCCUACAACGUGAUCCGCGAGCUGCCGGUGGGCACGUUCGAGGACUUCUCGCGGCUGCAGAAGCUGUCGCUGCGCGGUAACCAGAUCCCCGAGGUGUCAGCGGAGAUGGUGGACGGCGUCAACGGCACGCUUCAGGAGCUCGACCUGGGCAUGAACCGGAUCGCCAAACUCGGGAAGCUGAGCCUGCCCAAGCUGCGCAAGCUGAAUGUGGAGAGCAAUGACAUUGCUGAGGUGGAGGAUGACGCGUUCGCGCUGCUGCCGCGGCUGCAGGAACUCGACAUCAGCGGUAACCGGCUGGAGGCGCUGCCGGCGCGGCUGCUGAAGGACCUGCCGCAGAUCUCGAACCUGGACCUGAGCGACAACCGGAUCGCGGCCGUGCCGUCCACCACAUUAGCCGAGUCGAACGUCAAUGUCAUCCAGCUGCAGCACAACCGGAUCCGUGAGGUGCCCGAACAGGCGUUCGUCGGUCUGCCGUUCCUGCACACACUCGACCUCAGCGCCAACAACAUCUCGGUGGUGCAGCCGGCCGCCUUCAGCGGCGUCCCCUUCUUGCACAUCCUCAAACUCGACUCGAACCAGCUGGCCACCUUCAAGGCGGAUUACUUCAACGUGACGACCGACGGAACCGAGCUUCGCAUCGUCGACCUCAGUCACAACGAGAUCACGUUCCUGUACCCGGCCGCGUUCAAAAUCCACUCGAACCUGCGCUGGCUCAACCUCGGCCACAACAAGCUCGAGUUCUUCCCAGCCGAGUUGCUGGCCGAUUCGACCAAGCUGGAGCAUCUGAACCUGGAGUCGAACACCAUCACCAGCAUCUCCAGUAGCGACUACUCCGGGAUGCCACACCUGCGCCAGCUCAAUCUCAGCGGCAACAACAUGACCAACAUCAACCAGACCGCCUUCCAGAACUCGACGCAACUCCAGUUCAUCGACCUCAGCCACAACCGGCUGACGACGCUGCAUGAGGAUACAUUCAGUGGUCUGGUCCGCCUGGCGCUCGAGCUCAACAACAACCAGCUUAGUACGCUGCCAGAGGCUAUCUUCAGCCGGCUCAAGGUGCAGAUGCUGCAGAAGAUUAACCUCGCCCACAACAGGUUCGAUACGAUGCCGCUGGACGCGCUUCGCAAGCAGUUCAUUUUCCUCGACGACGUCAACAUGUCUCACAACCAGGUGCGCUCCAUCCCGCCGAAGGAGGAUAUUCUGGCCAACGUCAAGAUACUCGACCUGUCCUUCAACCCGCUGUCACCAGACUCAGUCGAGAUCUUGAUGAAUGAGCCGAAGGCGGCGCGCGAGCUGCACCUGGUCGGAUGCGGCGUUCGUACUAUCCCUGUCCUGGAGACGCCCUACCUCCGCGUACUCAAUCUGUCACGCAACGACGUCGUCAAGAUCUCCGAGUCGCUGUUCGAGCGACCCACCCUCCUACAGACCAUCGAUCUCUCCUACAACCAGAUUCCCAACCUGAGUUUCGGUCUGGCCACCAUCUGGCCCAAGCUGCGCUUCGUGCGCGAGCUGGACGUCUCUGGCAACCCCAUCUCGUACGUCAUCCGCGGCGACUUCACCUACCUCAACAACCUGGAGAAACUGCGGCUCACCGAUCUCGCCAAAUGCUCGCGUAUCGAGAAGACGGCGUUCGAGUCGCUACCGUCCCUGCGCGAGCUGUCGCUACACUCCUACCCGGGAGUCACGGCGCUCGACGUCAAGGGCAUACUGGAGCGUCUCAGCACGCUCGAGGCGGUGCACGUGGAGGUUAAGGACCCGGUGCUGCAAGACCAGCUGCACCCGGCCUUCUUCCCGCGGCUGCGCGAGCUCGGCGUGCACGGCCGCGCGGUGCGCAGCAUCUCCACGGGCGCGCUGGCCGGCCUCAGCAGCCCGGCCGUGCGCCUGGUGCUGGCAGACACCUCGGUGGCCGGCAUCCCCACCAAGAUGCUGCUGCCCGUGCCGCUGUCCACGGCCGUGGCGCUGGACGUCCGCGGCAGCCAGCUGACCAGCGUCAGUCCACAGCUGCUGGCGCGGCUCGACGACCGCCAGCGCACCGUCAGCCUCACCGGCCUGGCCUCCAACCCCAUCUUCUGUGACUGUAACGCCGCGCCGCUGCGCCGCUGGCUCCUCGAGAAACUGCGGCAGGACCGCCUCGACGACGACUUCAGGG